AUGUUGCGAAGAUUUUCUACCUUCAGAAAGUCCAAGGGGGACAAGACCGAGAAGGCCGACCGCGAUUCUAAGGCCAAUGGCUCCAAUGCCAAUAGCGCCGCUGCGGCCAGCAACAGCAGCAAGCGCCAGUCCAAGGUGCCUCCUCCGCGCAGGCCCUCUUCAGACAGCGGGAGCAGCGCUGAGAGUGAAGACGUCCCCGCUGUCUUUGAGAAAUACGCGCAGGUGCUUCAUGCCUCCUCUCGCCCAAUCCCCCACCAGGGCGGAGAGGCAGCAUAUCUCGAGAAGGAGCACCCUUCAGGCUUGUUCAAUGAUCUGAAAUCUCUCGGUUUCAAGGACUUUGCCUCAUUGAAGGACGUGAUCAAGACCAAGAUCAAUGGCGAGCUCACGGAUGACAAGACCAUGAUCAUGGAGCGCAUCAUUCAGAUCGUUAGCAGCCUUCCCUCAAACUCGAAGAUGCGCGUGGACCUCACGAACAUGUUCCUCGACGAGCUCUGGGGUUCUUUGCCUCACCCCCCGCUCUCAUAUAUGGGCAACGACUACCAGUACCGCUCUGCUGAUGGUUCUAACAACAACCCCACUCUUCCAUGGCUUGGUGCCGCUAACACAGCUUACGCACGCUCCAUUGAGCCCUUGACCGUGCAACCCGGCGGUCUUCCGGACGCUGGUUUGGUCUUUGAUACUUUGUUUGCGCGCCAGAAGUUUACGCCUCAUCCCAAUAAGGUGUCUAGUCUUUUCUUCGACUGGGCGUCUCUGAUCAUUCACGAUAUCUUCCAAACCGACUACAGAGAUUAUAAUAAGAACAAGACCUCGGCUUACCUCGAUCUUGCCAUUCUCUACGGUGACGUACAGGAAGAACAGGACCUGGUCCGUACUCACAAGGACGGAAAGCUGAAGCCAGACUCCUUCUCCGAGCCGCGACUGCAGGCUUUCCCCGCAGCUUGCUGCGUUCUUCUCGUUAUGCUAAACAGGUUCCACAACUAUGUUGUAGAAGAGCUUGCUGCCAUCAACGAGAACGGUCGCUUCACUAAACCCAGCCCUGAUCUCCCCGAAGAGCAAGCAAAGAAGGCCUGGGCUAAGUACGAUGAGGAUCUUUUCCAGACCGGACGACUCAUUACCUGCGGCCUGUUCAUUAACAUCACCCUGUACGAUUACCUUCGCACGAUCGUCAACCUGAACCGAGUGAACAGCACCUGGUGCUUGGACCCUCGAGCUCAGAUGGAAGGCAGCGCUACACCUGCCGGUCUCGGAAACCAAUGUUCUGUCGAGUUUAACCUGGCCUACCGGUGGCACUCUGCUAUCAGUGCCAACGACGAGAAAUGGACCGAGAAGGUCUACGAGGAACUGAUCGGCAAGCCUGGUUCGGAGAUCAGCACGCAGGAGCUGCUUAUGGGUCUUGGCAAGUACGGUGCUAGCCUUCCCAAAGAUCCAUCUCAGCGCACCUUUGCGGGACUUAAGCGUCAAGAAGAUGGUACCUUUAAGGAUGAGGAGCUAGUCAAUAUCCUGACUUCCGCCAUUGAGGAUGUUGCUGGUUCGUUUGGUGCUCGAAAUGUGCCCAAGGUCCUCAAGGCCGUUGAGGUUCUCGGUAUCGAGCAGGGCCGCAAGUGGAACGUUGGAUCUCUUAACGAGUUCCGAAAGUUCUUCGGUUUGAAGAAUUACGAGACCUUCGAGGAGAUCAACUCCGACCCUGAGGUCGCCGAGUCACUUCGAGCUUUGUACGGUCACCCUGACUACGUCGAGCUGUACCCAGGUAUUGUCUCUGAGGAGGCCAAGGAACCCAUGAUCCCCGGCGUCGGCAUCGCCCCUACUUAUACCAUCUCCCGCGCGGUUCUGUCCGAUGCGGUUGCGCUCGUGCGCGGUGACAGACACUACACUGUCGACUACAACCCCCGCAACCUGACCAACUGGGGUUACAACGAGGUCCGCUACGAUCUUAACAUCAACCAAGGCUGUGUCUUUUACAAGCUCGCCACUCGCGCGUUCCCCAACUGGUUCAAACCCGACUCUAUCUACGCCCACUACCCUAUGACCAUUCCCAGCGAGAACAAGGUCAUCAUGAAGAAUCUCGGCCGAGAGGCUGAUUACUCCUGGGACCGGCCGCAGUACCAGGCUCCUCGCGCUAGCUUGACCUCCUACUCUAAUGUCAAGCUCAUUCUUGACCAGCAGAAGGACUUCCGUGUGGUCUGGGGCGACUGCACUCCGCUCCACUCUGGCAAGGGCGGCGAAGACUUCUGGAGCAAGACGUUAAGUGACCCUCAGUUCAAGAAGAGCAUCAAGGAGUUCUACGAGAAAACGACUCUGGAGCUUUUCGCGGACAAGUCGGUCAACCUAGCCGGAAGGAAGCAAAUUGACAUUGUCAAAGACGUUGGCAACAUCGUGCCCGCUCGAUUUGCGUCGAAGCUUCUCUCUCUUCCUCUGAGGAGCAAGGAGAACUCCAAGGGCGUCUUCACCGACCACGAGAUUUUCAUGGCUUUGGCUGUGAUUUAUAAUGCCAUCUUUUUCGACGUUGACACCACAAAGUCAUUCCCUCUUCGCAAAGCUGCAGACGCUGUUUCCAAGGAACUCGGCAAGCACGUCGAGAGCCACGUCAAGUCCGUCAGCUCUCCAGGCUUCCUUUCCAGAGUCAUUGACAACUUCCGUGAUGACCACAACGCUCUCAAGGAUCUUGGUGACCAGCUCAUUAAGCGCUUGGCAGAGGGUGGUCUCAGCGUCUCGGACAUCACCUACGGCCAGAUCCUGCCGACAGCUGUGGAACUGGUCCACGGCCAGGCUCAGAUGUUCACCCGAGUUGUUGAGUACUAUCUCAACGAGGGCAAGCAGCACCUACCUGAGCUUAGCCUCCUUGCCAAGCAGGACUCUGCCGAGACGGAUGCGAAGCUGACCCGCUACGCUCUGGAGGCUAUUCGCCUGAAUGCCGGCUCGGGAGCUUACCGCAAGGCCGAGACCAACUUCUAUUUCAAGGAGGGGGACGCAGAUAUCAACCUCAAACCUGGGGACGAGAUCUUCAUCAGCUCGACCCAAGCAAACCGUGACCCAACGGCCUUCCCUGACCCUGAUGAAGUGCGCCUUGACCGACCCGAUGAGUCCUACCUCAACUACGGCAUCGGUUCUCAAAUCGGCCUCGGCAAGGACGCCACACUGACCGCAGUCACUGCCAUGGUACGCGCCGCCUUCAGCUUGGAGGGUCUCCGUCCGGCUCCUGGUGUACAGGGAGUCCUGAAGAAGGUUGUCCGCCCUGAAGGCUACACCCUCUACAUGCGGGAGGACCACGGUGCUUUUUCGCCUUUCCCGACGACUUUCCGUGUGCACUUCGACGGAGAAGUUGUCACUCCUAAGAAGCAGAUUGAUUCUGCUUGAUUUACUGUAAUGACUGGAUGACGAGGUCAUAUUCUGUGACUUUUUAGGAGACGUCUCGUUGUUCUCUGAUCUAAUGUUGUAUAGUUCUGAUACGUAUAUGCCAUGUAAUGUCUAGGUUGGCUUGUUGCAUUUGCAGCACGUGUGUUUCUGAUAUAUCUUGACCUGGUUUAGAAGUUGCCUAUUCUGGAAGGCGACUAUACCAUGUUUAGCAUCUCUACAUUCCUUCAUAACGUAGCAGGGGUUCAAGGGCCGCAAAUGUGCCCUGGCAUGUUC